AUGGAUCCUCCAUCUACAACAAAAUUAAUACCCUUUGAUGAUACUUAUGUUUUAUACAAUCCAGAUGAUAUACUGUCAUUUUUAAGUUGUUAUUUAACACUAUUACCAGUGUUUAUCUUAGUUUUCUAUCUAAGUUGGUUCAUAGUCACAAGAGAAUUGGAAGCAUGUAUUCUAGCUGGAGGCCAUGUUUUAAAUGAUAUAUUAAAUAAUAUCAUCAAAAAUAUAGUCAAACAACCACGACCACACAAUUUGCUGCAUGAUUCCUUUCAAACAAAUACAAUUUUAAGAUCAGGUUACGGCAUGCCUAGCGCACAUUCCCAAUUCAUGGGGUUUUUAUCAAUGUAUCUUAUUCUGAAACUAUAUUGUUAUUGGGAUACUCCUAAAUUAAAUAAAAUUAUCGGCUCUAUAACAAUCGUUAUUACAUCCUUGUUAGUAGCCGCGUCUAGAGUUUAUUUACAAUAUCAUUCAAUUGAACAAGUUCUUAUGGGGUUAGUUUUAGGUGCAUCUUUGGCUAGUUUUUAUUUUAUUGUCGUUAGUAUUUUACGUGAAUGGGGGAUCACUAAUUGGUUACUAACAUGGACUAUUUGUCAGAGGCUCUGGAUCAAAGAUUCCUGUUAUUACAAAUCACAAAAUUUACAAACAGAAUAUACUUUGUGGAAACAAAGAUGCAAAGUUAAGAUAGAUUAA